AUGAAAGCUAAUCAAAGGCAUGCAACUUCAAAGUUGAUUAGUGGUUACAUUUUCGACAAUCUUCGAGACCCAAGGUUUGAAGUUACACCAGCUUUUGUCAUUGCAGAAAUGCAAAAAUUGCAUGGACUAGACAUUGGGUUUCUUUAUAUGUUUUAUGCAUAUGGAUCAUCAAUAUCUGGUUGGAAUCAUUGUAGAUCAGUGAUUGCUGUUGAUGCAACUUUUUUGAAGUCAAAGUUUCGUGGUGUUUUAAUGAUUUCAGUUUCAAAGGAUGCAAAUAACCAAAUUUUCCAACUAGCCUUUGGAAUAGCAGAAUCUGAAAAUAACAAUUCUUAUGAGUGGUACUUUAGUGAGCUUCGCAAUGCAAUUGGGAGCCGUGAGAAUUUAAUUUUUUUAUCAGACAGGGAUCAAGCUAUUGCAUAUGCCAUCGCAAAGGUAUAUCCUGAAAGCCACCAUGGGAUUUGUAUCUAUCAUUUGGAGCAGAACAUAAAGCAAAGGAAAGUGAAAAGUGAGGUCAUAAAACUUUUUCAAACUGCUGCAAGAGUAUACAGGCGCAAAGAAUUUGAUCUUUACAUGUCAAAUAUAGCAAAAGUAGAUAAGAAGACUUAUGACUACUUGAUGGAAGAACCACCAGAAAGAAGAAAUGAAACAGAAGGAACUUUUUAUGAUGUUUCUUGUUGGGUAGAGGAGGAAUUGAAGAAAAAGAUAGAUUUAGCAUUUACUUUGAAUGUCUACCCUGUUGAUUCAUGGCAUUCUAGAGUUGAAGAAGAAGGAAUAACUUUCUUGGUGGACUUAAACAAAAGAACAUGUAAUUGUUUUCAGUUUCAAUUUGAUGAAUUGCCAUGCAUACAUGCAAUUGCAGCUAUCGAGAAGAGAAACAUCAAGAAGUCCAACUUUUGCUCGCACUGA